GGGCGGCCGCUGGGCGCAUGUGCACCGGGAGGGUUAAAAACGUCAAUAGGAUAAUAUGCCGUUCGCAGCAGUGCACAUCAGCAGCGUCUUUCCGACUUUCCCGUCGGUUUUUAGUAGUGCGGAAAACGAAUAAAAAUCCACGGGGAAAACAAAAUUGCGGCAUUCAUUGACGACAUCGACGGCACCGCCAUGGUGGAACCGGAAGUCGAAGACGUGGCCUUUUUGACGGCCAUCAACCAUUAUAGAGAUAAUCAGGACAUGAUGCACAAGUCUGGGAUAUACGAGCACACGGCCGUCACGGCGUGUUCGCGGAGAACAGCAUUGAUCAUGGCCGGCACUACUCUGUUCCUCAUGUUUCUGUGUUCGGUGAUCAUCGCCUACGCCGGACCUCAAAACGAUUGUCCGUGUAUUGGUGAAAAGCCAGUCUUUUUACCUGACGAUGACGGAGUCAAUAGAUCUCGAUCAAUUAUACCGAUCGCUACCAACGGCGACAUAUUUCCAUGGAACAACGUGCGUUUGCCAACAUUUGCUAGACCUUAUAGUUACCACAUUAGAAUACAUCCAAAUCUAACCAGCUUAGAUGUAAAAGGCCAAGUAUUAAUUAACUUCAGACUCGUUCGAGAUUCUGACUACAUAGUCUUUCAUAGUAAAAAUCUUACCAUAGUUGAAAAACGUGUAGUGAAUGCUGACAAUCACGAAAAGAUUUACGAAGUGUCCAGAAUGUUGGAAUACUCUGCUGGCCAACAAAUACUAUUGGAGUUUGAAGAAACGUUGUCAGCCGACCACAAUUACACGCUGAUUAUAAAAUACACGACCCGGUUGAGCAGAGAGUUGGAAGGUUUUUACAUAAGUAGUUACACAACGAGCAAAGGUGAAAGAAGAUAUUUGGCAACGACUCAUUUCGAACCGACGUACGCUCGUUCAGCGUUUCCGUGCUUCGACGAGCCCCAGUUCAAAGCUAAAUUUCGGAUGUCGAUCUUGAGGAACAGAUUUCACAUAGCACUGUUCAACAUGCCGAUCAAAGAGUCCAUGGACGACGGGCUGUACAUGGGAGUUGGACUGAUGCGCGACGACUUUGAAGAGUCUGUAGAAAUGAGUACCUACCUCGUGGCAUUUGUUGUUUGCGAUUAUCAAUACGUACACGCGCAAACCUUACAAGGAGUCGCUGUGCGAGUUUACGCUCCGCCUGAAUUGUUAUCCCAGACUUCGUUCGCUCUGAGUACUGCCACUAAAGUCAUGGACCAUUAUUCGGAUUUCUUCGGAGUUCCGUAUCCACUACCGAAACAAGACCUAAUCGCCAUACCGGAUUUUGGCGCCGGAGCAAUGGAAAAUUGGGGCUUGAUCACGUACAGGGAGACUUCAAUACUUUACGACGAGAAAGAAACUUCAGCGGUCGCCCAUCAGUGGGUGGCCGUGGUGGUGGCCCACGAAUUGGCGCACCAAUGGUUCGGUAACUUGGUGACGAUGUGUUGGUGGAACGACUUAUGGCUGAACGAAGGUUUCGCCAGUUUCUUGGAAUACCGCGGAGUUGACCACGUGAUGCCUGGGUGGUCGAUGAUGGCUCAGUUCGUGUUGGACAAGACCCAGCAAGGAUUGAAACUCGACGCGUUGUCGACCUCGCAUCCGAUCAGUGUUAGUGUACACGAUCCGGUAGAAAUCGAGGCCAUAUUCGAUUCCAUAUCGUACAGCAAAGGAGCAGCGAUCUUAUACAUGUUAGAAAAAUUUCUCGGUCUGGAAACCUUAAGGAGCGGACUGAAUGAUUACUUGAAUACACACAAGUACGGAAAUGCAGAUACUACAGACCUGUGGAGCGUGCUGAGCCUACAUGCUAAAAAUACUGUACAAGUCAGAUACAUAAUGGAUACAUGGACCUGUCAGAUGGGUUUCCCGGUGAUCAAGAUAAGCAGAGAAAACAGUUCGUCUUCGAACAACGCGGUCUCGUUCACGGCAAUGCAAAGUCGGUUCCUUUUAACCUCAGAAAUCGCCAGUAAGGUAAAGAAUCGAGCCGCACCGUCUCAGUACGAUUACAAGUGGUACGUACCACUGAGUUUUUACACGGACAUUACAAGUUAUCGUGAACAAGAAGUUGUCUGGAUGAACAUGACUGAUGUGAGAUUCGAGGUUGAUCCGAAGGUACGGUGGUUGAAAGCCAACGUCAAUCAGUCAGGAUUUUACCGUGUUAAUUACGAUGAUGGGUUAUGGAACGAAAUAAUUGGACAACUUCAAUUAAACCAUGAGGUGUUCAGUGCAGCAGACAGGGCUUCUUUGAUAGAUGAUAUAUUUACUUUAUGUAGAGCGGGAAUACUCAACGUGACUGUCCCUUUAGAACUGUCCAAAUAUUUGUAUAAAGAAAGAGAUUUUGUUCCAUGGGCGACAGCUCUCGAACAUUUUGAAAACUGGAGCAAGUUCUUAUCAGAAUCGUCACCAUACAAACUGUUUUUGGACUAUACGAAGAGUCUUCUUGGACCUGUUGCUCGAUCCGUUGGAUGGGACGACCAAGGAACUCAUUUGGAAAAAUUAAUGCGAUCACAGAUUUUGUCUGCGGCUAUAAUAUAUGGAAUAGAAGAUGUGGUAAAAGAAGCGAAAAAUAGAUUUGAGGAAUGGAUGUAUGAAAACAAACGUGUACCACCAAACUUGAGAGAAGUCAUUUACUUGGCAGGUAUCAUAUAUGGAGACGUCAAAGAAUGGAAUUUUUGUUGGGAUAAAUACAAUCAAAGUCGUGUUCCAAGCGAACGUCAAUUACUCCUUACAGUACUUGGUGCUUCUAAUGAUCCUUGGUUACUUCAAAAACUUCUGUCAACCACACUAGACAGCACAAAAGUUAAAGCACAGGACGUAAAAAUGGUUUUUGGCGUGGUGGCUUCACAAGGAUCACAAGGUCAGCUGCUGGCAUGGCGUCAUCUGAAAGCUAACUGGGAUAAUCUUCAAACACUUUUUGGAAAUGGAACUUUCACAUUGGGAGGUCUAAUUACAGCGGUUACAUCUCAUUUUGCAACUGAGUACGAUUUCAAAGAAGUAUCUGAUUUCUUCCGUUAUAUAGAUGUUGGUUCAGGAACCAGAGCUUUGGAACAAAGUUUGGAAAUGAUACAACUCAAUGUGCAUUGGGUUAAUAAUAAUGAGGCCCAAAUAUAUGAUUGGCUAGUGAAAAACUCAAAAACAAAGAACAUUAAAAACUGAAAAAUGAUUACAGUGUAACAUAGUGUGUAUUUUUGAAGUAUUAAGCCAAGCAAAUUCGUAAGACUGAUAUGAGAAAAAUGAGUUUAAAAAAUAAAUUUGAAAUAAAUUAUUUCAAAUCAAUUUUUUAAUUUAAAGGAUUAAAAUAUUUUGAGUAUGAAAACAAAACAUUAAAAUGAUACAUUGAUACUUAAUUUAAUACAUUAAUUAUUUAAAUUUGCUUCCCAAACCAAUAGUUGUAAAAUUAAUUUAACCUUUUCAAAUUUCUACCAAUGUGUAUACAUAAAAUAUUAUGCUUUUAAACUUU